CACCACUAGCCUUCAAUGUGCGCAUGCGCCUUAAUACAUUAAGUACGUAACGUAAAUCUACGACGUCAUCACGCUAGACUCUGAUCGAGAGGGUAUUUGGCAUGGUCGAGCAUAACAAGUAACGAGUUCAGCCGAGGACCCUGGAACAAAGCACAGUGGAGCAAUAUGUUGCCUGAUAAAGAUGGACCGAACGGAGGCGGAGGAGUCCGGGACAACACCGGGACAGAAGACCCUUCAGUGUCCCUGUUCAGAGAAUACCUGCGGCUGAAGACUGUCCACCCGGAGCCUGACUACGAUGCUGCUUUAAGAUUCCUGGAGCGGAUGGCAGAGGAGCUUGGUUUACCCAUGAAGAAAGUGGAGGUGUGUCCCGGUCGAGUCGUCGCAAUCAUCACAUGGGUCGGCACCAGGCCAGAGCUGAAGUCUGUCGUGCUGAACUCACACACUGAUGUUGUUCCUGUGUAUGAGGAACACUGGAAAUAUGAUCCAUUUGCUGCUGUUAAAGAUGCGGAUGGCAACAUCUAUGGCAGAGGAUCUCAGGAUAUGAAAUGUGUCACGAUACAGUACAUUGAAGCAAUUCGCAGACUGAAGGCGGCUGGGAAGAGGUUUCCUCGCACUAUCCAUUUAACGUUUGUCCCAGAUGAGGAGGUCGGUGGUCACAAAGGAAUGGAGACAUUUGUGAAGCACCCUGAAUUUCACAAGUUGAACAUCGGUUUUGCCCUUGAUGAAGGUUUGGCAAACCCAACUAAUGCCUAUACUGUCUUUUACGGAGAGAGAAACCCCUGGUGGAUCACAGUCCGCUGUCCAGGAAGUCCAGGUCAUGGUUCCAGGUUUGUGGAGAACACAGCAGCAGAGAAACUACGGCGAGUUAUAAACUCUUUCCUGGAGUUCAGAGAGAAAGAGAAACACCGGCUGAACACCAAUGAAUGUUUCACUCUGGGUGAUGUCACCACAAUUAACAUGACAAUGGUGAAAGGGGGCGUGGCUUACAAUGUGGUUCCAGCAGAAAUGGACGUCAGCUUUGACUUGAGAAUCCCACCCACUGUUAACCUGCAGGAGUUUGAAGAGAAGAUAAAAGCCUGGUGCAGAGAAGCUGGUGAAGACGUAACAUAUGAUUUUGCACAGAAACACAUGGACCAGAAUUUCACGUCCACAGAGGAGAGUGACCCCUGGUGGCACGCGUUCAGCUCUACCUGCAAAGCCAUGAAUGUGACUCUGAAAAAGGAAAUCUUCCCUGCUGCCACAGACAGUCGCUUCAUCAGGGAAGAAGGUCUUCCUGCCAUCGGUUUCUCUCCGAUGAACCUCACCCCCAUCCUACUUCAUGAUCACAACGAGUACUUGAAUGAGCAGGUGUUUCUGCGGGGCAUCCAGGUGUACGAGCGCCUUGUGCCGGCCCUAGCCAGUGUGGAACCUCUGACCGGAGAAGUGUAAAUCAACACUCUCUGAGUCUCCUUCUUUAAAUCUCUCUCACACACAGCUGCUUCUGCUCACCGUGCUGAUUUUCGCACAUAUCGAAAAAUACUUCUGCAGUAACACCAAAGAUUGGGCUGAUCCCAUAUAAUGAAGAUCUUAAUGAACUCACUUCAACUCAGGAGUUCCUUCCUUUCAAUGAUGUCUUAGAAAUGCUUUUAAGUCUUAUUUGUCAGGUGAUAACCAGAAUUAGAAGCUGCUAUAAUUGAUAAAGGUUAUAAAUUCAACACUUAAUUUAGGCACUUUGUGUCUCUUAUAUCUAAUGAAAAAAGGAAAUGAUUUCAGAGACUCUAAUCAUAUAGCUGUGCUUGCCAUAGAUGCAUUAUAUUUUUUUAAUACAAAUAAUUAUGAUGCAAAAAUAAUGUUAUAUAUACACUGAAACUGUGUGUGGGUCAUUGAUUACUAUGAUACUACACAAUAAUAAUUAUACACAAUUAUACUGAGGCACAUUUCAUGUGUUCGAAAUCUCUUUAAUUGACUGGUGCUACUUUGCCCUCCUGAAUAAACAAAAAGGGUACCAUAUAUCAA